GGGGAGUUCUUUCUUCGGGGAGCCGCGGGUGUGGCAGCGGUGGCUCUCCUCGCGCAGCCAGGUACGUAGGUCGGCCGUCCGGCUCGCGUUGCGGUGGGAGCAGGCGGGCAGGCCAUCAGUACCGGCGUAACGCCGGGACCCGAACCCCCAGAUCCACUGAGGGCUUGUCGUCGUACGAAGCGGUCACAUCUGAGCUCCUGGGGCCGACCUGUGCUGGUAUGUCGCCGUGUGACCUCGACCAGGAUACCCCCGCCCAAGCUGUCCUGUGUGUGAAGGCCGCCCGGUCUUUGUGAGCACCGACGCGGCAAGAAGCCCAAAGCUGCGCCCGCCUUUCGUUGGGGCCCAUCCGGAUUUGAGGUCUGCCGGCGCUGCCCUUUAGCGUGAGCUCCCAGGAUGGGAACCCCAGCCUCUGUGGUGAGCGAGCCGUCCCCCUGGCAGGCCCCAGCUGAAGCCCGGGGCCGCAAGCAGGCCUCAGCCAACAUCUUCCAGGACGCCGAGCUACUGCAGAUCCAGGGCCUGUUUCAGCGCAGUGGGGACCAGAUGGCUGAGGAACGGGCACAGAUCAUCUGGGAGUGUGCAGGGGACCACCGUGUGGCAGAGGCCUUAAGGAGGCUGCGUAGGAAGAGGCCUCCACGGCAGAAACCCCUGGGCCACUCACUACACCACUGCAGCCGCCUCAGGUGGGUCCCUGAGGACAGAAGGGAAGCACUAAUGACACCCAUUCUACUAUUUCCUGGCUGUGUGACCUGGAGCUACUGACUUGGCCUCCUUGUAAAGUACCUACCAUUGGGGUUGUAGGGUCUACACAGUGCCUACCAUGUGGUUGGCACUUGAGAUU